UUCCAUUCAAUGCGCAAUGAUAUCUGGAUGGAAAAUGUUGCCGCUGGGGCUGGUGUGCCUCCUCCUGUUGAUGGAACUGGCACUGGCCGUCGGUCCUACGGGGGUAGAUUUCAGAGCCUACAACUACUGCGAUGAGAAACUGUGUCCCGAGGGAACGACACAUGUGGCCUGUAAGGCACGGGAGAGAACACUGGGCAAAAAAUGUUCGAUGGAUGCCGACAUAAUACCAAUCGAAGGCAAGCUACAGGACAGUCUUGUAGAUCGUAUUAAUGAGCUGAGGGAUAAGGUGGCCCAAGGGGGCUUUAGUGGCUUGACGGCGGCUGCUAAAAUGGCGACCAUGACUUGGGACCCGGAGCUGGCCUACCUCGCCGGCUUCAAUGUGCAGACGUGUGAUCCCCAUCUCGAUAAGUGCCGGAAUACCCUGGUGUACAGCACCGUUGGCCAGUCGGUGGCCUAUCGCGGCCUCAGCUCUAAGCAUCGAGAGCUGCUUGAGAUCAUCUACAAUGCCAUUGGCUUGUGGUAUCGUGAGCACGAGGUCACCGCCAUGGAUGACAUCAUGAACUACAUUGGACCGCACUUUGGAAAACCGAGAGAGAACUUUGUUCAAAUGGUUGUCGACAAUUGCAAUCGUGUGGGCUGUGCCAUCGUCCAACAGACCAAGAACGGCUGGCUCCAGACCUUUCUCACUUGCAACUACGCCUUCGCCCCUGUGCUGGGUCAACCCGUUUACAACAGCAGCAAACGGGCCGGUGAUGGUUGCCAGUCCGGCCACAACCCCGUCUAUACGAAUCUCUGUUCUGUCGAUGAAGUGUACAUGAGGAAUGGGGUAUCGACCAUAGUCGAUGUGCGAGAGCUAAAUCGUUUGAUCCCUAACCAAAGUCCAGGAAUCGAAGAAUAUGUGACAGAAAGGUUGCAAUGGUAUACUACUACAUUAAAUCCUGCAGCAUCAGCUGCUGGUGAAGAAGUAGCGCCAGUAGCACGUCGCAGAUCUGGCAAAAUUCUUAAACGUAAGAGUCCACUCCGCCAGAAACUCAACGUUCAAAAGCGUACAAGUCCAACACUCAAGAACACGAAGAUUCAAAAGCGUAAGAGUCCACUCCGCCAGAAACCCAAGGCUCAACUAAGAUUGAUGCCCACAAUCGGACAUAAAGUAGGAUUAGCACGAAGAAGCAAAAUCCAACGCAGAGAAGGAGAAGCUGCAGCAGCAGAAGGAGCUGCAGAAGGAGUAGCACAAAGAGUAGGCGGAGAAGGUGCAGCAGCAGAAGGACCAGCAGAAGGAGCCGCAGAAGGAGCAGCAGAAGGAGCAGCAGAAGGGGCAGCAGAAGGUGCUACAGGAGGAGCAGCAGAAAGUGGAACAGCAACUGAGGCAGGUGGCGGUGAAGCAGCAACUGGAGAAGGCGGAGAGACCACUGCAGCAUCAGCAGCUGCAGAUGGGGAGACCAAUGCAGCAGCACCAGCAGCAGAUGGAGAGACCACUGCAGCAGCAGCAGCAGAUGGGGAGACCACUGCAGCAGCACUAGGAGCAGAUGGGGAGGCCAGUGCAGCAGCACCAGGAGCAGAUGGGGAGACCACUUCAGCACAAGCAGCAGAUAAGACUACUGCAGCAGCAGAUGGGGAGACCAAUGCAGCACCAGAAGCUGAUGGAGAGGCCAAUGCACCAGCAUCGGCUGAUGGAGAGGCCAAUGCACCAGCAUCGGCUGAUGGAGAGGACAAUGCACCAGCAUCGGCUGAUGGAGAGGCCAAUGCAGCAGCACCAGCAGCAGAUGGAGAGACCACUGCAGCAGCAGUAGAUGGAGGAGCAUCAGGAGGAGCUGGUAUUGCUGCAGAAACUGAAGGAGAAUCAUCAUCUUCAGGUGAAGAUUGGGUAGAAUCGCCAGGAUCAUAUUCUGAUGAAUCAGAAGAAGAUGAUGUAGACACCUCCCAUCGACGAAGAGAAUUACCAGAUGAAAAAAAAAAUCAGAAACAUGAAGAACAGCAGGCGGCAGAGGAUAAAUCUCGGAUUCUAAGGAAGUUCGCUCGCUUUCUGGCCAUGAUAAAAAGGGCUAAUAUGCUCAACAAGGAAGGCAAGGUCACGAUCGUUACCACGAACCAUGAGGUGGAGUACAAUAGCAACAAAGUCGAGGGUCAUAGAACUAACUUUAGAAGUCCAAAAGACAAGCGUUUAAUCAACAGAGCCCGACGGAUACGUCGGAGGAGGUGGAACUGGUACAGAACAGGAAGAGCGAACAAAGUCAUGAAACGUGGUAGAAAACAAAAGGGGCCGCGGCGUCGUCGUCGUCGUGGUCGUGGUCGUCAACGUUCCAGAUCCAAGGCCGAUGCCCGUUGGAUUGUUGUGGGCUGAAUGGUUGAAUGCUGAAUAAAUGCAGAUGUUCCAGAGCCUAGAGAAUAUCCUUUUUCAUAAAUAAAUCAAUGUUGAAUUAAAUGGAAAUGAUAUGCGCUCCACUGCAUAAAUCUUG